CUGGCCCUGGGGCCCAGAGCCUGCCCCUGUCCUCAAUGCCGGGUCCUAUCAGUUCUGGCAAGAAGCCCCUUGUCACCCAGUGCCAGGAGGACCCUCCCUCCCCUCAACAGCUCCUCUGAAGGGCAGGGCCUGGCCAGGGGCUGGACUUCCUGUCCACAUGCCCACCCCCACUUCAGAGCUCAGUUAUAAAAGUUGUCCAGGAAGCUGGAGGCAGAGGCCGAGACCUGGAUCCUGGGAGAGGUCCGACAGGAGGAUGCGGCUGCUCUGGGCGUCCCUGCUGUGCUGGGCACUGCCGCCCCCCGCCCAGGGCAGGGCCCACAGCCUGAUCUACCUGCGGAUCAGCAAGAAUCAGCUGGAGAUAGACAUUUCAGACCUGUUUGCAGAGCAGCAGAUCCUGAGCCGCGUAGUCAGGGUGCCUGUGACGGGGACCCCUGGGGAAGGCGCGACUGUCCUGGACCACCUGCCCUUUGUCAGCAAAAGCCUGUCCAAGAAGAGCAGCGGCCUGGACCUGUCGCUGGUCGGGGACCUGCUCUCGGGGAAGAGCCUCCCUCUGCUGUCGGACCUGCUCCAGGCCGGCGGGUUGGUCAUAGAAGAUGCCAGAGGACCCGAGGUCACCCUGCAAAUCCUAAGUGACAGCCUGCUGCAGGUCACGCUGCGCUGCAAACUGUACCUCUCGCUCCAGGGGAUCCUGCGGCUCAAAGUCAUCAAGAACAUUCGCAUGGGGGUGCGGCUGGAGCAGACGGGGAACAGGACCACGGUGGCCUUGGAAGAGUGCCACACCCCUCCCGGGAGCCUGAGCGUGGAGAUCCUGGGCCAGGACCAUCUCCCGGCCGCGGCCUCACACUUCUGCUCUAACUUCCUUCAGGCUUCUGAUGGGUCCAGAGGGAGCGUGGGACUGACCAUCAACACUCCGGAUCCUCCCACUGUCCACCUGAUCGGCCAUACAGCUACGGUCACCCAGCAGGGCUCCCUGGUACUGCUGGGGCCCAACAGCACCUCCAGCUCCAUUUCCUGGAAACUCCUGUCAACGGCUACAUUUUCCUCCACAAACCAGAAAUUAAAACUCCAGUUCUCUCCAAACAGUGCCGUGGUCACCCUGGGCCCUUACCCGGCUGUUCUCAAGAAGCAGGAGGAGCAGCUGCGGGCUUCUCUCUCUCAGUUCCUGAAGAGGAGGUUCCUGCCCCAUCACAACGCGCAGCUCAGAGGACACAGCCUCCCGCUGCCCAAUGUCAAGGGCCUCUCCUUCAACCAGGCCCACAUGGACCUCUCCGAGGACUACCUGCUGCUGACCAUUCCAGAGUAGCCGGUUCUGACCCAGGACCAGUCCCCGCCCUCAACCACGCAUGCUCAGGACCUCCAGGUCAAGAACGGCUGAAUCACCGUGGACUUCUCUCUACAAUAAAGAUGCUUCCUGCUGGAGGAGGAGUCUGCUCCGUAGUCGCUGACCUACAGGGUUCUGGGAGGCGGGGGCUGUGUCCAGCUAUUUAAAUGAAGCCCGUGGUCCUGGCUCCUGGGGCCUGG